GGGGGGGCGCAGGGCUGCGGGAGCGGCCCGGGCCCGGCGCGUGGGGUGUCGCGUGACACUGCUUGGGGACGGGAUGGGGCGAGGCGAGGCGCGCGGUGGUCGCCGCUGGUCCCGCCGCGCUGCUGCCCAGCAGGGGUCAGGCCCGGCGGCCCGUUCGCCUCUUCUGAGCGCGUAAGCGGUGUCCACCCGCCGUUGCUGGGGGCGGCGCUCCGGCCUUCGGGAGAGCGGCGGAUUGUGGGCGCGCUCCGCCCGGGGCCGCGUGGGAGUUGCAUAUCCGCUGUUACAGGGAGACCCAACUUCCCCCGAGCUCUUGUGGCAGUCGUGCUUAUCUCCAAGCUUCCACAUCUAUGUUCAAGCGAAGCAAGCAGUCGCGUGCUGCCCGUGCCCUGUGUCUCGGCCCUUCUUGGUCCCCCAGGGAGUCUCCUCUCCAGUAGUUAAUGCCAAGGAUUUAAAAUAAUACUGGCCACAACUGCCAGCCUUUAACUAUCAAUAUUAACCAAAUGAUCCUGCGCAGGCUUUCACUCCCAUCACAUGCCGCUGGAAAUGACAGCGCUCGGGCUAUAUAUUAGUUACUGAAUUAAAGUGUUAAGGUGACUUUUGUUUAGGCCAGUAGGGCUCAACUUUGUUUGGACUGGAAGCAAGCCUUCGUAACUUCUGUGAAAGGAGUGCCACCCGACUUUAAAAGCUAAUGUAUAUAUCCCAGUGCUCACUUCCUCGCAGAGAAACUAAGCAGUGGAUGUGGGGGAUCAUCCAGGCAUGCCUGGGUUUAUUUACUUGCUCGUGUGCUUAUCUCUUCAUACCUCACACUAGCCUGGCUAUGAAUCACUGAUACAAGGUGCACUUGAUUGACGAAAGCAUCUUACAGGCUUUCUUUUUUGCCCAAAUGAGUUGGGAGCAUCUCUGAUUUAAAAUGUAAUACCUGACUCAAAUUGUAAUACUGUACCUGUCUUCCAGGUGUGACAUCAUAAAGUUUUUGAAAUACUAUUGGAUGAAGUGAGGUUUUGGCAGGAUACUUUGAAAGCUCAAAAUGACUGAUGCAGAUGAUUCCCAGAGUUCAGUUUCUGACUACUUUGAAGAUGGCCGGGACCUAGUGUGCACCGAAGAAGAGGAUCAGUUGCCCACACAUGAUGCUGCUGUUGGAAGGAGCGCUCAGUUGGGCAGUGCGCGGGAAGGUGCUACUUCUGAAGAUUCUUCAUGUGCACUCGGUGCCCGUGGUACAUCGGCCACAUGUUUUACUCAAUCUGCCAAAGCCUCCCUGGAGAGCAGUGAUUCAGAAAGUAGUCCUUGUUCUAGUGGCAGCUUAUACCAACCUGAGUGUAACACUGCAUCAAGGCGAAAAGUAACAACUCGAAGGUCCGCAAGGAACCUAUCUCGCUCUCCUGCAAACAGGCAAGACAGUGCCAGACAGGAUUCCUUGACAGCCACCCCACACAGUGAUCUGGGGUGUGGAAAGGAGUCAAAGUCCUCUGGACUGCCAAAAUCUUCACUCGAUUUGAAAGCUAUUUUUGCCCAUCACUUUCGAGGGAAGAAGCUCAAGAGCGAGGCAAACCGAAGAUUUAAGGAGAGAAAACAAAGGACAAAGAAGAAGUAUGAAAGCACAAGAAGACCUCGGAGGAGACUACUGCAAACCAUGUCACGAGAAGAGAGGAAAGAGAGACUUCUAGGCAGAGGAUUUCAGUUUCCUUUUGUUGAAAAACACUAUGGGAGGAAACACAUCCCUUUGAAAAUGGUGUUUGAGUAUGAGCAUGCAGCUUUAAAAGGAUAUUUUCAAUACAUUGAGAUGCUUAAAUAUGAAGAUCAUCUUAAAAAGGCUUUAAAGAACCUUAAUGCUAGUGAGGAUUUCGAAAGCAAAUGCGUGGCAAUGCGGAGACACAGAUAUUUAGAUGAUGAAGGACCCAUAUCUCCUAUUCAGGACACAAAUGAAGACAACUUGGAUUCUGAUGAUCAGGAAGAAUAUGAUGCUAAAAUAGUGGAUAACAGCUGUUUCAUACUAAGCAGCAAGCUUCCAAUCAAGGAAAAAAACCCAGACAAACCAAAGUCAGGCAUGCAAAACUGACUAGAGGUGGUGAUGGAAAUGAAGAGGGGGAACAUGCUGCUGAUGGGACUGGGCCUCCAUAGGAUACAUGCCAGAAAUGAAAAAGCUAAUAUCCUAGAACAGAAAUAUGAUGGCAACUCUUGGAUACCCCUCCUCGGCACCAGAGUUUUCAUGUAAAAACGCACUCGGCAUUUAUCCAAAGAAGCAUCUUCAAUAAAUACAAGCGAUGAAUAGAAGGAAUCUUCUUUGUAAGGUUUCAUUUUUGUCUUUGGGUAUUCAUAAGGAGGAAAAUCUCUCUUUCAACUUCCCACUGGAUCUAGGAAUGGAGUUGUUUCUGGUUCAACCAUGUUGCUUUUGAAAAGCGAAUAUGGAAGUUGCUCUUGGUAUAAGAGGUCUUCCUGAUGCAUCUUCUGAGAAGAGAGACUUUUGCUGAAACCCUGGAUGCAGCAAGUCCAUUCAUUUUUGGACUGAAUCUGCUUGUCUAUGUUCCUGGACCUCUUCUUUCUCAAAGUCAGUCUGCUUCCUUCAGCAACCUGGAUACCGAGAACUUGUUCUGCUUGCUGUUCCAAAUGCAUUGAUGGACAAUGUAUUCUGAGGCACUAGUGAAAAAGGUACUUUCCUUUGGCACUUCAAGCAGACUGUAAAUGUGACUUAAAAUCACUGAGAAGAUCUGCAUAGGGAAGUCCGAAUGACUAUGCAGCGCUUGAAGAAAGAAUCUGUGACCUUGUGCCUUGGUAAAGAAUUCUGUUGUGCAUAGAUUUUGUGGUGUCUUUCAAAGGUACUGCACGGCCUGGCAAAAGGAUUCUGAUUGAUUGCUUUCCUAAUUCACAAUUUACUCGACCACUAUGGGACUCUAUAUGCCAGAUUGAUGUAUCAGACUAAAAUCUCUGCAAGGGUUUAUUGCAUCCCUCUGCCUUCCAUAAAUUAUCUUAUGCACAGGAUUAUUGCAGUGAUUUUUGUGUAAGGAACCAUUACCUCUAACAAAGUUAGUUCUAUUAAACUACCAAUUUUGGUGGUGCAUUAUAGAGCUUUCUGCCUAUAUUGGUUAGGAGUGGCUAGAGGUAGUGUUUCAUAAACUUGGCAAAAGCUUCCUCUGUUCCAGAAUAGAUGCGAGUAUUGUUAUGAUGAUUGGCAAAAUGUUCAACUGCUCUGAUAAGAGUGAGUGAAAACAGCCUUUCUGAACACACAAGUUGUAGAGCCCAGCUAUUUGUUUGUCUGCACUAAGCAGAGGAGAGGGUAAAUCAUUCAAUAGUAAAAUCAUCGUUGCUUAGUAUUAGCUUAACCAAAGGGAAAAUAUGCUAGACUCAGAAGUGGGCCUGGAAGGGGCCUCAUGAAGUCACUUCUACAACCCCCUGUUCACAGCCAGACCAUCCUUUUCUAAACCAAUCUAGAUUUUUAAUUUUUUUUUAUUUAUUUUUUUGUCUAACCUGAGACUCCCUGGACUUAAAAGCUUGUCAAUCCUCCCAGUCUCAGGCUAUGGGCUGAGAAGGGACAGGAGGAUCUAUGUGGUCAACCAAAGACUGCAGCACUGGUGUCGUCAGGAAGGCUUUGGCUUUCAUGACCACAGCCCGCUCUUUGGC